UCCGACCUCCUGUGAGGACAUACCAGAGGGUGGUGAAUUGGAGGUCUCGAGCAGGCAUGUCAGCACAUAAAGUGGCCUUGGAACUUGGGACCAGCAAGAAAAUUAACAUCUACAUGGAUAGCAGGUAUGCCUUUGCCACAGCCCAUGUCCACGGGGCUAUAUACCAAGAGAGAGGACUGACUGCUCACGUCAGAGGAAAUCUUGGAUCUCUUGGAUGUCCGGAUGAAGCUGGCAACUGUGGAGCCCUUGUCGAGACCUUGCCCGCCCCGGAACUUCGACUUUCCAGCUCAGCUGAGGAGGUCGCUGUUCUCCGCGCCACCUCGCCGGCCUGUUCCCCGAUGCUACGCGCCCUGCCCCGCGCGCUGCGCCUCCCGCGCCCCUGGAUGUCCCCAGGGGCCCGCGACUGUGCCUCCCAUGCGACGACCAGGACACCCGAAAUCCAAGUGCAGGCGCUGACAGGUCCCAACCAAGGAAUCACUGAGAUUCUGAUGAACAGACCUCAUGCCCGCAAUGCCUUGGGAAAUGUGUUUGUUAGUGAGUUGCUGGAAGCUCUGGCCCAGCUUCGGGAAGACCAGCAAGUGCGAGUCCUGCUCUUCAGAAGUGCAGUAAAGGGUGUGUUCUGUGCAGGUGCAGACCUGAAGGAACGGGAGCGGAUGGGUGCUGUGGAGGUGGGGACCUUUGUCCAGCGGCUCCGAGGCCUGAUGAAUGAGAUCGCAGCCUUCCCUGCGCCCACCAUUGCAGCCAUGGACGGGUUUGCCUUAGGUGGGGGCUUGGAACUUGCCCUGGCCUGUGACCUCCGAAUAGCAGCUUCCUCGGCUGUCAUGGGGCUAAUUGAGACCACUCGAGGACUUCUCCCAGGAGCAGGAGGGACUCAGAGACUGCCCCGCUGCCUGGGCGUGCCCCUAGCAAAGGAGCUCAUCUUCACAGGCCGGAGACUGAAUGGGGCACAGGCUCACGAGUUGGGCCUGGUAAAUCAUGCUGUGGCUCAGAAUGAGGAGGGUGAUGCUGCCUACCACCGGGCCCUGGCCUUGGCACAGGAGAUCCUGCCCCAGGCUCCCAUUGCUGUGCGCCUGGGCAAAGUUGCCAUCGAUCGAGGAAUGGAGGUGGACAUUGCAUCAGGGAUGGCCAUUGAACAGAUGUGCUAUGCCCAGAACAUCCCAACCCAGGACAGGCUGGAAGGAAUGGCAGCCUUCAGGGAGAAACGACCCCCUAAAUUUGUGGGCAAGUGAUCCAGCUACCUUUAAGCACACACCAUAAAGCCUAGGAUCCAGAGGAAAAGUUUACAGCAGGCUAGCUCAGCUUCUUCACAAGGACGACAGACAUUGUGAUUAGCAUGGUGCCUAGAACCAAGGUGCUGACCAUGCCACCCACUGCCACCUGGCCUGCCUGGUUCUCUGCACUCAAAUAAACUUUGGGUCUGUGUCACUGGCUCUGAUCAUCAUGGAUAGAACAGUGAGGACAUCUUCACUUCCUCUCACAAAGUAAAUCCAGCCAGGUUUAUUUGAGAUAGUGUCAGAUUCCAGCUCUCUGCAGGUAACACAGGGAAUUCCGGGCAAAUCAUUUAACCUCUCUAGAAUUCAGCUUUUGUAUCUGGAAAUGAUCGUUUCUGAUGACUUAAAAUCCUUGUGUUCAAUAAAUAUGCUGCACCUGUAA